CACAAGACUACACGAAAAUGUGAUGACGUCAUAUAGAUUCUAUUACGUCAUAACAUCAACAAUGGAGGCAUCUUGAAAAUAAUAGGAAUUCUAGAAGAAAAUGCAAAGACGAUGUGAUGCUCCUGAACUCAUUCAUGACUUUACUUAUAAUCAUAGGACGAUGUGAAGCACGGAGUAUAACAUUUGUGGUAAAGCACGAGGAGUUCUUUGCAGUUGAUGAUGAUAAAGAGCAGGGUCAUAUACCUUUGUCGGAGACACACGAGAGAUUAUUUGAGUUGACAGACACUAGCAACAAUGCUGACAAUAAUCAGGACAGUGGAACUGCCGACAGCAAAGCUACGGUUGGUGCUAAUAAAGCACACGAUUUGCACGAAAAUCCCGUGCAUGAUUAUUUAGACAAAGAAAAUGAAAAUUACAGCGAAAAUGACGCUGACGAAGAUGAUGUUUAUAGUACAUCACUUGAAGACUUUCAUGAUAUUGAUGACCAUUCACGCUAUAAUGACGUCACUGAUAGUGAACAUAAUAUUGAGAGCGUUUCCGGUUUGCAAAAAAUUUUCAGGAAAAAGAGGUCAGCGCGUGAGCAAUGGAGGAAUUCUCUUCCCGGUGCAAAGCCGGGAAAAUCUGAUGAAGAAGAGCCAGACAUUUGGGAGGAAGUGAGUGACGACGAAAUUCGAAGAGCACAACUCAACACGUACAAACAGGCGGCUGAAUACGCAGGAUGGACUUUACUCUCCGUCGCCUUCUUUGUCUUUGUUGGAAUCUGUUUCCUCCGAGAUCCAGUGGCUUGCAUAUUUGCUUUUGGAACAGGUUGCCCAUGUUGUCUCAUUUGCUGUCCAUGUAUUCGGGCGUUCACUGACAAAUACCUCGAUUCCAAGAAGAUCGUGCGCGAGCAGACGAACAAAUAUAUGCCAGGUAUAAUUGUUAACGAUGAUGGCACUAUUGAUCAUUAUGAUCCGACACCGGAUGAACUGGACGCUCUUGUUGAACUCAUGAGUGAAUUCGAAGAAUAAUCGAACACAUAUAUUGAAGGCACGCUUGAUUAUGAUGAAACAAUACUUACGAAGCGCAUCGCUCUGAGAGAACUCCAGGAAUAAUCAAGAACAAUCGCAUACACGCAUCUAUUGCACACUUGAUUAUUUUUGGUCCGACACGGAACUUUAUUCUCUUGUAGGACAUUGCUAAUCGGAAUAAUCAAACAAAUAUUGACUUCUAGUCUGUGAUAUCUCGGCUAUAUAAAAUAUGUUUAAUUUUUUUUAAGAGAGUUUGUUGUGUGG